AUGUCCGUCAAGUUCCAAGAGGAGACCGUCCGCACCGUCACGGGCGGCGGCAAGUCUGAAGACCUCGCGCAUCGCGUUGGUGAGCGAUUGACCGGUGGAAAAACAGCGGCUGGGUAUCUCCAGGCAUACCUCCUUCAGCUCCAGAAGAACCCUCUGCGCACGAAGAUGCUCACCUCUGGUGUGCUCUCCGGUCUGCAGGAACUGCUAGCUUCGUGGAUCGCCCACGAUGUCGGCAAGCACGGCCACUACUUCAGCUCGCGCAUCCCCAAGAUGUCGCUGUACGGAAUGUUCAUCAGCGCGCCCCUCGGCCACGUUCUCAUCGGGAUCCUGCAGAAGAUUUUCGCCGGCCGCACAAGUCUCAAGGCCAAGAUCCUGCAGAUCCUCGUUAGCAAUCUGAUUAUCUCCCCCAUCCAGAACAGCGUCUACCUGACCUCCAUGGCUAUUAUCGCCGGUGCGCGCACCAUCCACCAGGUUCGCGCUACCGUCAAGGCUGGCUUCAUGCCCGUCAUGAAGGUCAGCUGGAUCACCUCGCCCCUGUGUUUGGCCUUCGCUCAGAAGUUCCUCCCCGAGCACACCUGGGUGCCCUUCUUCAACGUUGUUGGAUUCUUCAUUGGAACCUACGUCAACACCCACACUAAGAAGAAGCGUCUGGAAGCUCUCCGGAAGCGUUACGACCAGCGUCGCGACCCCAGCUACGAGAAGCGCGACUUCCCUUAAAUGGGCACAGUCCGCAAUUGACUGCAAA